CGCACGUGGGGCCGCCCUCACGCCUCGGCGCUGGCAGCGCGGCGGCUGCCGCCGCGGGGCACGGCACGGCACGGUACGGCACGGCACUCCGCGCGGGGCGCCGCGCACCGCUGCGGCGAGGAGAGGAGCCGGGCCAGGCCGGCGGGAAGAGAGCAGCAGUCUGCUAUAUCUGUGAUCUACAAUGAAUGCCAAAUCUGCAAUCAACAAAGAAAUUUUUGCCCCACACGAUGAAAGGAUGCUGGGAGCCGUCCAAGUGAAAAGAAGAACAAAAAAAAAGAUUCCCUUCCUAGCUACUGGGGGUCAGGGUGAAUAUUUAACAUACAUCUGCUUGUCAGUGACAAACAAGAAACCAGCGCAAGCAUCUAUUACAAAAGUGAAGCAAUUUGAAGGCUCUACGUCUUUUGUCAGGAGAACGCAGUGGAUGCUGGAGCAGCUUCGCCAGGUCAACGGUAUAGACCCUAAUCGGGAUUCCCCAGAAUUUGAUUUACUAUUUGAAAAUGCUUUUGACCAAUGGGUAGCAAGCACAGCUUCAGAAAAAUGCACAUUCUUUCAGGUUCUACAUCACACUUGCCAACGAUACCUUACAGACAAGAAGCCAGAAUUUAUCAACUGCCAGUCUAAAAUUAUGGGAGGUAACAGUAUACUCCAUUCAGCAGCAGACAGUGUGACAAGUGCAGUACAGAAGGCAAGUCAGGCUUUGAAUGAGCGUGGUGAAAGGCUAGGUCGAGCAGAAGAAAAAACGGAGGAGUUGAAAAACAGCGCUCAGCAGUUUGCAGAAACUGCACACAAGCUUGCCAUGAAGCACAAAUGCUGAGAUACUGCUCAAAGUUGAAAUCUUCCCAAGAGAAACUGAAAAGGCUACAUUCAGCAACUUUUACAGGAGAUCCAGACUUCUGUGUGCUUUUUCCUUCAAGUUCAGUGGAGAUGCAUUAUUUCAGUUUCUGUGCAGGAAAAAGUGUUGCAUUUCUACCUUUUUGACUUACUUUUGUUCCUCUUUUGUAAUACUGCUACACAGUCCUGCGGUACUUUCUACCUGUACUUCAGUUGUUACAGGAGUGAAAGCAAGCAGGGGAACUGGACCAAAUGACAAGCUGAUCAGGAUUAAAAUAGUAGUAUUCUUCCCCAGUUGUACAGAAAAAUAUUUAACUGGUUGUGGACGUAUGUGUGGAAAUAACAUCCAAAGAAAGGGUACACUUUUCUUCAUUUUAUGUAGCAUCAGCGGAAUGUGAAUGUUGGAAUUAAACACCUGGGGUUGUAUCUAUAGGGGAGAAUAGACUGAUUUGUCCUGGGAAACAGAAAAACUUGUUUCUUCUACCCAGUGUAGGAAGUUUUCAUAUGCCAUCACCAGCAUUCAGAAGCACAUAUCUGAAUUGCAUUCAUAUUUGCAUUUUGCAUAUUCUGUUUUCCCCUCUGGACUGAUUAUUUGAAUAGUAUAAUGAAACCUACAGAAUGUAUGCUUGAGGUUUCAAAAUUGAGGAAAAAAAGUAAUGUUUACAUCUACAAACCCAUAGCUAUGCCUCAAAUACAAUCUAGAAUUUGGCAAUCUGGUAUGAAAUAACAUUUCAUUUUCUUUUUAACCUGUGAUUGCAUGGUGAAAGGCCUAUAUGAAUGAGAAUGCAGAGGCCUGGGAAAAUGAGAAUGCACUGUUUUCCAAGGCAUUUGGUUUUCAUAAAUUCUACAGUAAGAAUUUUUGGGAACACUUCAAAUAUUUGCCUGAUUGGAAUGACUUUUGUGUUAGCUAGUUGUCUGAUUUUUAGUAUAGUGGCUUUCAAAAAGCAUGUCUUGGUACAUUAGAAUUUUAAGUUCUAGUUUGGGUCUCAGUUUUCAAUAUAUAUUAUCACUGGAAGGGUGACUCCCUACUUCAUUCUGUAUUCACUAUAUGCAAUAUAUGCAUUGUAUUCUUUUGCUAAAGUAGGUUACCCUUUUCCUUCACAACUGUUCUCUUAACAUUUUUUAAGAUGUUCUGAUAUGCUUCUAGAAUGAAGAAAAAAAGAAAAAAGAUGCUGCACUGUUUUGUUUUUUUUUUUAAUGGUAAGCUAGAAACAGAAAUCCUAGCAGAAGUUUCAACCUUCAUCCUCUGAUGAUGCCUGCUCUUCAUUUUUGUCCUCAUCUUAACAGACGGUCAGGAAGCUGGCAUUAUAUGAAUGUACUGUAGUUUUCAUUUUCAAUGUAGAAUAAGAUUUUUGCAUUAUUAAAGACACUUUAAAAUUCUCAGAGCACCGCUUGUAAGAGAGAUAAAAUCUUCUGUAGUAAUUGAGAAUAUUUUUGUUACUGCAAGCUGGAGUAACUGAAAAUCUCUUGAAAAUACCCAUUUUGUACAAAGAUGCUUGGCUUUAGGAAAACAUUCUCACAGAACUAAAGACACCGACUAGUUAACUGAUUGCAUUCAAACUUUAAAUCUUUUUUUCCUGUCAUUUGAACUGUUUUGUAUGAAGCUUUUUAUUUAAUUUCACACUGGGAAUUGCAAGAAGGGGUAAAUAUGUCAUCUGUGUAGUACCCUACUAUCAUUUAGAUUUAUUUAGCAUCAACUUGUAACAGUGACUACACCCAGCACCAUCAAUUGAAAAGGAAUUUGGCCACAUGUGUUAUAAAUCAGAACAGGCUCAUUAACAACAUGAGUUCUCAGCACUCUUGCACUACAGACAAUUAAUGCUUGCCCUGGAAAUGUCAGUAGCUUUGAGUGCUAUCAUUAUAACUAUGGGUAUUUCUGAAAAUUAACCACAAAAACAGCCCCUCGUUAGAAAUUAAACUUGUGCUAGAGAAAAAACACUACGCUAUCUUUUUAAAAUCGGCUGCAUUAGAAAUCGGUCAGGGAGUACAUUUUUGAGCACUUAGCUCUUUUUUGUCAUCAUCUUUUCCACCCUUAGUUUUUUAACUAUAUAUUCUGCUGCUAACCUCACAAGCCUUUCUCUUGAGAGAAAGAAGGCAUAGGUUUUGAACUGCUGCCAUCUAGUUGGUCUUCUAAGCUUGUCAGUAAUGUAGAAUAAAUGUGUAAGACCCAGAUCAGAUAAACCUGAAAAGAAUUAGUUGUCUAAAUUCACAUAAAAAGGCAUAGGUUUUCAAGUGUUUACAGGAAUAUCAGCUGGGCAGGACAAGGUCACAGUUGCACUGCUAAGUUCCAGACCUUUUGUGAGCUGAACUGUUAUAAAACAUUACUUUAGUCCCACUGACAGGUUUUCGGCAUAUUUUUUUAUAUAUCCUCCAGUUAAUUGUUUUGUCUUAUGUAUCAUAACUCAGGACUUUUAUCCAACCAUCAAAAGCCAUUUACUAUGGGAAUCCUAAGUAGCCUAGUGUUAUUAAAUGAAGGAAAAGCGAUUUGUCUGUGUGUUUACUUUGUUCUUGCUGUGCAUUAAACUACAAGAUUUGGUAGUUUUUAGGAAAAAAAAACAACCCAGAGGUGUAUAAAUGUCUAUCCAAAGGUAAAUCUUACAGCAUUGCAAUUUCCUUCUGGAACUUCGCUUGUAGCGUAUACAACCUAGUGGUAUUAGAUAGUUAUGUACAUAACAUACACUAUAAUUCAGGUUAAUGUUUCCUAUGAAAGAAUGUAUUUGUAAAUUGUAACAACAUCAAUAGUUUCUUUAUCUUUUUAAAGUUCUGCAAAGAAUAACAAUGUAUUGUUAGACUUUACUGUACUGCAAACUCUGUCUUAAAAGGCUACUUUUGUCUAGCAAAAGUUGUGCAUUAUGUGAAAUAUUAACAAAAAUGUGCUCUCUAAAAAGUGAUCUAAAAGGUAGAUAGGUUUUGCUAUGAUACGUCAGAAUUGUAAUACUUGCUGGUAUCUCUUGUAAUCAAUUCCUUGGAAGUUCUCAAAGAUGUAGAAAUUAUUUCAUGCCAUGCUGGGGAAAAAAAAAGUGGGACCUGCUCUAUUGAGUCAUUACUGGAAACCCUGAUUUUGUCAUUAAAUACUUUAACUGUGAUGAAAAGAAAA